AUGACAUUAGAAACAUUCAACUUCUUCCAACGCCUCCCCUUUGACCUUCGUCGCGAGAUUUACAUAUUGGCUACACCGCCCCGUGUCGUCCAUGUCAGAGAAGACGCACAAGACCCGGAGCAAUUUGAAGAACAAUUUAGGGAAAGGGCCAACCUCCACAUCAACCCCGACCUGGCAUACUUUGCUCCGAACUGGCGCCAAAAGAUCCUCCCCGAGCCCAUCAAGCAGCGAACCUUAGAGGCUGUUGGCGUGAGCAGUAGUCGUGGCGGGCCACAUCAACCCUGGCAGCCGUCGGCGUCCACGCCGGAGAUCCCUCUCAGGUGGCUCCAGGAUAAGCCCAGAAUAGCGUCGCUGAUCAUGCGCGAGAACUCGCUGUAUAGUGAUGCACCAAUACCACCUUUGCUACAUACAUGGUGUGAAGCGCGAAUGGCGUUGAUGAGCUUCGGAUACACACUUGCUUUUGAAACACGCACAACCGGACCAUGUACGUGGUUUCAUUUUAGUAGGGAUGUGCUGUUUAUCGACGAAGGCGAUGCGAACACAUACUGGGAUGGGGAUCACAUUCUAGCAGGCUGUCAAUAUACGAUCCUGGGGCAAUUUCACUCAAAAGAUCUGAAGAGAGUGCGGAAGCUGGCGCUGGGCUCAUCUGGAUCGUUCUUAUUUCCUUGGAAGCGUUAUGAUUAUUACUCCAUGCUUGCACUCUCAGUCCGACUAUUCCCUGAUCUCGAAGAGCUUCAGAUCGCCCAAUGGCGGCAAGACGAUCUAUUCGGCUGGCGUCAUUAUGGCAAGAGCACAACUGCCAUUCAUCCAUGGUCCAGUUAUAUAAAUGAUCCCGUUGGCGAGCUUUACUCUUUACCCGUUGAGGAGAUUGAUGCCUUGCUGCAGCUACUUUCACUACCUGAUGGGUUUCGAUCCGACUUGCCAGUCGCCGGAGUCUUAGGCGAGGCUUUGAGAUCAUAUCAGCAGCGGGCUGAUGAUACUAGUGGUCUUCAUUUCCUUGAAUACGCGCAACAGCAAGCACAAGCCGCGCUAGCUGCGCAACGCACCCUUUUACUGCAGGAGAACGGACCAAAUCUUUCGACCUUUUCCUGGCAGAUUCCGCGGGUGAAGGCCGUCCAUAUAAUUCCACCAACAAUGGCAGUCCUGCUGCAACAGGAACGGCAAUUUGCCUGGGAACAAUUUCUGAAGAUGAAACGCAAUUGGAAGGGGAUGGAGCAUACCGAGAGAGCACACCCCGGUCCUAUAAACGUAACUAACGACCACUCAAACCAUAAUAACUAUACACAUGACAUUGAGUUUGGUCCGUUCUCUGAGCUUCAUCCAAGCGAUAGGCUUUAUAGAGCCGCAUAUACACACGCCAGGCAGUGGUGGGC